UAGUCUUGACACGCCCCUUGAAUAUUCGUUUUCGGUGACUGAAUGCGGGUCAGAGGGUAAACAAUUUCGAUAAAUUUUUCAUUGAUUUUGUAAUUUUUAUUAAUUAAUGCUCUGAAAAGCAUUUAUAAAAUUGUCUAACCACUUAAAAUGACGGACCUUCAGAUGGAUUGUGCAUUAGAUUUGAUGAGAAGAUUGCCACCCCAACAAAUUGAAAAAAAUUUAAGUGACUUAAUAGAUCUAGUGCCAUCUCUGUGUGAAGAUCUUCUAUCUUCUGUUGAUCAGCCUUUAAAAAUUGCAAAAGAUAAAGAAUCUGGGAAAGAUUACUUACUUUGUGACUAUAAUAGAGAUGGAGAUUCCUACAGGUCUCCUUGGAGUAAUACAUACGAUCCACCUCUAGAAGAUGGCUCAAUGCCUUCUGAAAGACUUAGAAAAUUAGAGAUAGAUGCAAAUCAUGCAUUUGAUCAAUAUAGAGAACUUUAUUUUGAAGGUGGAGUGUCUUCUGUCUAUCUGUGGGAUUUAGAUCAUGGUUUUGCAGUAGUGAUAUUAAUUAAAAAAGCAGGUGAUGGUUCAAAAAAGAUUAAGGGAUGUUGGGAUUCAAUUCAUGUAGUAGAAGUUCAAGAAAAAUCUAUUGGAAGGAUUGCACAUUAUAAAUUAACUUCUACUGCAAUGCUUUGGUUACAAACUAAUAAACAUGGAUCUGGAACAAUGAAUCUUGGUGGAAGUCUUACAAGACAGGUUGAACAAGACGCCCAAAUAAGCGAGAGUUCACCACAUAUUGCUAAUAUCGGUCGCAUGGUUGAAGAUAUGGAAAAUAAAAUCCGAAACACCCUAAAUGAAAUCUAUUUCGGAAAAACAAAAGAUAUUGUAAAUGGCUUAAGAUCUGUUCAAUCUUUAGCUGAUCAAAGACAACAAGCUGCUCUUAGACAGGAUCUUGCGGCCGCGCUACAAAGGAGAAAUGCUAACAAUUGAUCUUGCGAGGGAGAUCAGCUUUCCUUCGAUUUUGAAGAGUGUCAAUAAAAGAGAAAAAAUGAAAGAAAUGAAAAAGGAAUCAUAAAUGAUGAAAUUAAGAUUCGAAUUGUUACAAUUACUGUGACGAGAGUUUUUGAACAGUUUCCUGUGAUAUACAGGGUGCAACGGUAAAGAUAAAUUUUUCCUGAAGUAUUAAAGAAUUAAAGAAUGAAUAAUUGAAUAUCAAUUAUUAAUUAUGUCGAGAUUUUGAAUAAAAUAUUAAGAGACAUUACGAGUGUUGAAUUUUAUAUGUGUAUAUACGGGUGCGCGUAUGUGUAUACAUAUAUAAAUGCAUACAUACAUACACGCGCGCAUAUAUACGUAAUGUGUUUAAAGGUAUGUAACACUCCAAGUUAAUGUUGCAUUUAAAUCUCGAAAUAAUCGAUUUAAAAUAAUUUUCAUAGCUUACGUAUUUGUUUCAAGUUUUUCGUUCUUUAAUACAUAAACAAAUUUAUAUAUCUGUAUUUUAUCAUUCUUUACAAUUCUUUCUGCGCUGUUUUUACUAAUUUAAAUUUAUUUGUAAAGACUUGUUAUGAAGGUUUUAAACAUUUUCAUAAUUUAAUCUAUUAUAUAUUAUUAAUUUUAUAAAUUAUAUUUCUCGUUAUAUUCAUCGAAAGUUGA